GAUAAAUGGCUCAAUUAUCACCACUGCACCCUCCUCUCCUCUCUUCUCCUCUCUUCUUCUGCCUCCUCUCCGAUGCGACACGCCCAGUUUUGUGUCAAACCUUUUUAUUUUGGUAAUAGCACAUGGCACCGCGAGCUCUACUCGUCCCAGUGAUACCUUUGCGCGCGCAGCUACAGGUGGAGUUCGUGCACCUUAAACGACUGAAACCAGCAGCAGAGACACAACACGGACUAUACCCGCCACACACUGACGGAGGAGACACAUUAAGCUGCUUUCUGCUUAGUCUUGGAGGCUGAGGUGAAACUGAACUGGGACCAGCUGCUGGGUGUCGACAUUUAACAGGUGGAGAAGACACCUGAAAUCACUGCUCUCACCUUGGGUUUUGACAAGAGUGUGUGCUGACCUGAUCACUAAAUGGCGCUGACGGUGAACCUUAUCGGUCCCUCGCCAUGGGGCUUCAGAAUAUUCGGAGGAAGGGACUUCAAGAAGGCCAUAACUGUAUCAAAGGUCAACGGGGGCAGCAAGGCAGGGCAGGCAGACCUGCAACCUGGCGACAUUAUCUUGGAGAUCAACGGGGAAAAUACGUCCGACAUGCUGAACGUGGAGGCUCAGAACAAGAUCAAGAACUCAAAGACUGAGCUGCAGAUGAUGGUGGAGAGACCUGACCCUCGCAGCCCUGGACAGACCAACGGCAUCAGCACCCCUGAGCAGCUCACCGGACGCUUCCAGGAGGCAGUAAUAGUGAGCAGAGAUGAGAAUCAGAACUACAAAGAGUACACCAUCUCCAGCCCGGCGUCGCUGUCCCCCGGACCUUAUUCACCAGAUCCUUUUCCCAGCCCAGAUGGGAGGAGGGAGAGGCUGACACCGACCCCCAACAAGAGUGUCCAGCUGCGUUCAUGGUCUCCAGACGAGAGGAGUCACAGACUGUCCAGACCGCUGUCACAGGAGUUCUCCCCUUCAGACUACAGAAAUAACUCCGUGUCCAGCAGAACUCCGACCCCACCAGGACGCUACUCACCCCAUAGCCCCAUCGACCGGGACGUACCCAUGUCCCCUCGUCGCAGCAGUUCGAGCUCUGACUUUGCCAUGCAGAAGUUCGACAGGGACUCGGAGGUGUACAAGAUGAUACAGGAGAAUAAAGAGUCCCGCACGGCGCCCCGUCAGUCCAACACCUUUAAAAUGCUGCAAGAGGUCCUGGAGGCUGACGAGAAAGAGGCAGCCCUGCGGUUUCCAGGGAAACUUUCACCCAACGCCCCGAUAACAAGCACAUCAAUGGGAGGAGCCAAAAGAAACCACAUCUGUGAGAAAUGCGACACCAGCAUUAUCACACUGGCCGUACGCAUCACGGACGACCGCUUCCGCCACGCAGAGUGCUACACUUGCACAGAUUGCGGCCUCAACCUCAGGAUGAGAGGUCACUUUUGCGUCGGAGAUGUGAUGUACUGUGAGAAGCACGCCAAACAGAGGUACCAGGGCCCAGGUAGUUCCCCUCAAACCACCGUGUCCCCACGCCAAUGAGUCGGCCACUCCACACCUGCCCCGCUCUGGACGUAGAGUGCUGCUUGUCUGCCUUGAAGCUCCACACCAUCUGACUUCGUUAUAGACCUUGGGAUGGGGGCGUGGAGAUGGACGCUAGUCAACGAAACGGCAGAGGAUUUUCUUUUCUGAUCACAUUUAACCAUACUUUGCAAUAUUAUGAUUCACUUUCUUGCCUUUCUUAUAAUCGUAUGAGAAUUGGGGCUUUGUUUUUCAUAUGGCCCGGCCUCCAUGGUCUCUUUAGGUUAUUCUUAGCUCUAAUGAUGCACAGCUGCCAUGGACUCAAGCCACAUCACGUUGUACUAAGGCCAGAUUUACAUAACACCAACGCUUUAGACAAACUCAACAGGACUGGCUCUCUGACUCUCUGAGGAUCUGGAUAAUCAUUUGAAUCUCCUGCUGACACAAAGGGACCAAAAUCUCACCUACACUGCAUGCCAAUUUCAAAAUGUACUGUAUACAGACAGUGCUGUGAGUGUGUGUGUGUGGAUGCUUGCUUUCACGUGCAGAAGUGUGUUUGGCUUCUUCAUGCCUUCCCUGCAUCUGUGAGUGUGACUGUGUGUGUGUGCAUGAGAGAGAGCGAGAAGGGAAGAGCAGUCCAAGUUGUUACAGACGCAAAAGAGUUUGUGAAUUUUGCGCUAGAGUCAGGCCAAAAGCGCUCAAGUUUUUCUAUUUUUUUCUUUUGUAAGCAGAAUUUAUGAGUAGAAAUAAUGAAAGAAAAAAAAAACACAUUUGCUGACUUGUUUUGUUGCUUAUGAGGGACUAUAGAUUAAUUCAAUAUACAGAUAUUUUUGAUGUUUUUGUGAUUGAACUGUGUUCUAUGAUAUAGACCAUUUAAAAUGCAUAAUGUAUGCACAGGACAUUUAGUGUGAAAAGAAUUGAUGAUGAUGAUAAAUACACUUGUCCAGUUACAGCAGUACUCAGAGAUACACUAUAAUGUUUGCAUUUCAUGUGGCACUUAAUAAAAUCGCACAACCUAAAGCUU